CAUAGUACACAACUUUAAGGGGAUUUUCUGGUUUAGAUACAGAUGCUGCAACUACAUAAAAGGUUAACAAAUUUGAUAGUAGAGCAGGUGGCUUUGUGUUGCUCACACUGAGGCAACAGAAGCAGCGGGAGGCUGGCCCACUGCAGGGCACCCACUGACAACACUGGUUUAGGCAUAUAUCUGAACUGUCAGGGGCUGCAGAACAGAGAUGAAGGGCAGGAUGAAGAAAGGCAAAUCCCCUUCCUCUAGGAGAGGUGAAAUCCAACAUCUGUACCAGUGCUACACCUCAGAGCAGACCAUUUUGCCUGUCUGCGCCCUCCUCAAGUUCCUCCACAAGGAGCAGAUGGAGCUCACCGCAAAUGAAGAGAUGGCAGAGAGUUUGAUUGACAGAUACGAGAUUGAAGAGACAGCCAGAGAAAGCAGGUCCAUGACAUUUGAAGGAUUCCUCAGAUACAUGGAGUCCAAAGACUGCUGUGUGUUUGACCAGGCCCACACAUCUGUGUACCAAUACAUGGAUCAACCUCUCACCAAUUACUUCAUCUCCUCAUCACACAACACCUACCUGACUGGAGAUCAGCUAGUAGGAAGGAGCCACCUAGAUGCCUAUGUUUGUGCUCUGAGGAAAGGCUGUCGCUGUCUGGAGAUUGACUGCUGGGAUGGGCCAGACAUGGAGCCCGUAGUCUACCAUGGCUACACCCUGACCACCAAGAUACUCUUUAAGGACGUCAUCACCACUGUGGAGCAACAUGCCUUUGAGGUGUCUGCUUACCCAGUGAUCCUGUCAUUAGAAAACCAUUGCUCCAAGGAACAGCAAGAGGUCAUUGCCCAGUACCUCAUCUCUAUCUUGGGGGAAAAACUGCUGAGAACUCCCUUGGAUCACCCAACUACUGGAGACAUCCCAAGCCCAAAUGAACUGAAGUAUAAGAUCCUCAUCAAGAAUAAAAAGCUAAAGCCUCCCAUUAAGACGGAUGACGCAGCAGGGACACAGGCAGAGGAGAGUGUAGAUGAGGGAGAGGAAGAGGAGGAGGAGGAGGAUGAUGUGGAGGACGAGGAUCAGCAUACCAAAGCAAAGUUCUGGUCUCCCAGAAAGGCAGGGUCAAAAACUAAAAAGAAGAAGGUGGCAAAGGCUUUAUCUGACCUGGUCGUGUACACCAGGUCUGUUAAGUUCAUCAGCUUCAGUCAUUCCAAGGACAAUCAGAACUACUAUGAGAACACAUCAAUGGCGGAGAAGAAAGCUCGCAAGCUAGCCAAAGCCUCAGGUUCCGACUUUGUUGAGCACAACCAGAAGUUCCUCAGCAGGAUUUACCCAGCUGGCUCGAGGACAUCUUCUUCCAACUACAACCCUCAGGAGUUUUGGAACGUCGGCUCACAGCUUGUGGCUCUCAAUUUCCAGUCUCUGGGCUUGCCUAUGGACCUUAAUGAUGGCCGCUUCCAGGACAACGGCGGCUGUGGAUACGUCCGGAAGCCGGCAGUGCUCAUGUCCAGUCAGAAGAGCUUUGAUCCCAGCUGCAGCCAGCACAGACAGAAACCCACCCACCUGCUUCUAAAGGUGAUCAGUGGGUCCAACCUACCUAUCUCCAGGAGUGGUAAAGGUCUGGACUCCUUUGUCAGAGUGGAAAUGCAUGGCAUUGCAUCUGACUCCCGCAGGAAAAACACAAAUACUGUGAAAAACAACUCGCUGAGUCCUCACUGGGAUGCUGACAUGAACUUCAGCAUCAGCGUCCCCGAACUCUGCCUUAUCCGCUUCUGUGUCCGAGAGCAGACCGGCCUCCUCAGCAGUGAAUUUGUGGGCCAGUACACCCUGCCCUUCACCAGCCUGAAGAAAGGCUACCGAUGGGUGCCUCUCCGGUCCCGAGACGGAUGCAGCCUGGAUCCAGCCACCCUCUUCGUCUUUGUUUGGUAUUCCUAAAAACAGCUCUCUAUAACACACACACACACACACACACAAAACACACCUCGCCAACAGAUAGAGAAGCGUGGCUGAUGCAUCUACAACCACAAAAAUUUAUAAAUAAAUCAAAAGCACCACUUCCUCAGAUAUAAAUACCAGUUUUAUUGUCAGAAAAUAGACGUGCCUUUUUCUCUCCUGCAGAGGAGAGAAAAAAACAAAACAGAAGGCUUCAGCAAGGCUGAAAAGACACUCUGCUGGCAUCACUCAAGUAGUGGAGAAAUCCCUGGAGUAGGAUAUUAGAGUCAUAUCAUAGAAUUAUUAAUUGAUGCAAGUGCAAUUAUUGUGCAAGAGUUGAUCACACAUAAGAAGACCCACGAGGUGCAGUAAUGUUUUUGGAUUAAUCAUAUUCCAAAACAACAGAUGUAAUUAUUCUAUUAGGUCUAAAACGGAUGAGUGAUGCCAGGAGACAUCAUUCCAUAAGCACUACUAUGAAAAAGUAGCAGCCAGCAUUUUCUUCCAAGCCUUCUUCCCUGUGAGAGA